AUGGCGAAAAAAGCUGGAAGAUUAAAACGUGAUAUCUGUCCGAAAAUCAGAAAAAAGUUAGAAGACAUCAAAAAGGAUCAAAGGUUUUGGAAGGUAGUUCCAAGUGAUAACACCGUAUUUGAAGUUAGAAGUGAAAAAUAUGCGUGCGUGGUGAACCUUGAUAAAAAAACUUGUAGUUGUAGAUUAUGGCAGUUGUCAGGCAUACCUUGUGUUCAUACAGUGGCAACGUUGUCCUUCGUUAACAAGGACCCAGAAACUUUUGUUAGUUCUUGGCUUAAAAAGGACAUGUUCAGAGAAGCAUACAAAUAUCCAAUCAAACCACUAAGAGGAGGUACAUUUUGGCCCAAAACUGAUGAUAUAAAACCUUUACCUCCAAAAGAGAGACGAAUGUCGGGUAGACCAGCAGUAAAGAGGAAAAGAAGCGCUGAUGAGAAAGAGAAAAAGAACCCGAAGGACAAGUAUUUUGGGAUAUCAUACAAUAAAGAGAAGUUGAAAGUAAGAGUCAUUCUUAAAGAAAUGUGA